AUACCUUUAUCAAUGUAAAAAUAAAUUUCAGCGACAAGAAAAACUUUCGUCUCUUAUAAAGCCGCGAUAACAAACAUUUUAAACUAUUUGCUGAAUCCGGCAAGCAGAUCGGUAUAAACUGGGACAAGUGAUAACAAAGACGAACUGAAUCAAAGGUAAUUUGUCAGUAAUAUCUAUUUGUGAAGUUGCAUGUUUGUUUUUUGGAAGCUGUUAUUAGCUUUGCCCCGGAUAAAGUCUCGAGGCAAGAAAGCAGGUUAAAAGUUGAAGCCUCAAGUUCAUUAAGUUUCAAACACAAAUGGCUUCAAUGAAAAUUGUUCAACUGCUCUUCUUUGCCUUGUUUGUUGCUUGCACGGCAAAUGGAGUGAAUCAACAACGUAUCUGCAUGCAACUGGAGGCCAUAAAUGUCGAAGACGAACAAUCUGCGAUUGAACGUACAAGAAAUCCUUAUUCCUCCAGACCAGGAAAACGAGGCGCCAAAGGCGAUGUUGGCCCAGCAGGAUUAAAGGGAUCGUCCGGAGAAGUUGAUUAUAGAAGAAUAAACCGAGCAAUUCAAGAAAAUGUGGAAAUCGAAUGCAAUAAAGUGAACACGGGAUUGGUUGGAAGAAUAAAUAAAAUGGAAGAAAUGAUUCGAAAAAUGAAUAGAACUGUUUCCGAUCCUCGCAUGCAGCUGAAGUUACAAGGACUUUGUCCCGUACAAUAUCUAGGUCAUUGCUUCUGGUCAGUAGUGCAUUCAUCUAAGGAUAUCAAUGUGGAUGAAGCGAAAAGAAUUUGUGGAGUAAACAAUGGGUUUCCUGCGAAUGUUUAUAACGAGCAACAUCUGAACGACCUGAUGGCUGAUAUUCGCAGAAAAAUAUCGGCAGAUACGUUUAUCUGGACAGGCAUGCAAGUCGAUAUAUCAACGAAUGCAGUACUCAUGCGAGACGGAACAAGGGCGUCGUAUGUCAAGUGGUGGACUAGUGGAUUUCCGAACGCAGGAGAAUCAGGUUUGUAUAUCCACGUUCAAACUGACCCAUCAUCCAGCAGACAAGGAAUGGGAAACGAUCCACCUACAAGCAAAUCUCACGGCGUCAUUUGUGAAAAAUAGAAUUCAAUGUAUUCGAGAUGUCCUUAUGUUUGAAUUAUAUUUCAAAUUCUGUAUUUGGUGAAACACAUUUUAACACUGUUUUACUUAGUUUUGACGAUAAGUUGCCAUUCCCGAUUAUAUCGCAUGGAAAACUGACUCACUAUUCCCACAACAUAUCUAUACUGGUGACCGGAAGACAUCCUUGCUCCGCCAGAUGAAUAAACCUUUUUUACCGAAUUCAUCAUUCUUGGUAUAUUUGUGAAAAUCCUUCGUUACUUUCUACUCACACAAUCGGAGUAUUGAAAAAGGUUUCCUGUGAUAGUGAGAAACCUAAUAUUGACAAAUGUGACAAGUAUAUGUGACAUAAAUGUAUUGCAUGUUAUAUAUAACAUGACGCUUUCAACAGUUGAUAUUUUCAUAAAAAUGCUUCCAAGUUGUUUUAGAUUUUUGGCCUUAACAAUGAUUACAAGUAGGCACUUGUAAAAAAACAUAUAUUUGUUUUGCUCUCUGCCAAUUUGUAAAUAUACAAAGAAAUUCGUUUGCAACUUUCUAUAAAAUUUCUUUCGGUUGAUAGGGUUGAAAUAGAAAAUGAAAUGACCGGGAUUGAAAUAAUUUGUAAAAUAAAUGCAGCAAGUUAAUAUCAAAUCAAAUCGAUCUAAUAAAAGAAAGGUUAGACGAGACUUAAACUUGGUAAAAAA